AUGGCAGAAACCAUCUCGGCGUCUUCAGCGGCCGUCAACGGGUACCACCACCCAGGCGAGAAAACAUCUCUCAAGAUCUUGAUUGUGGGUGCAGGCAUAGCAGGGCUUUCUGCUGGGGUUGGCCUAAGACACCAAGGCCACGAAGUGCAUAUAUAUGAGCAAGGUCAAUUUGCCGUCGAGACUGGUGCUGCAUUGCAUAUCGCACCCAACGCCCAUGGCGUACUCAAAAGACUCGGGGUCGACGUGGCGGCCAGCGGAGCGAAUUUGAUGCGGAUGUUGACCGAGUACAAGUCGACAGGUGAACUUCAACGCCAGAUAGAUCUCGAGCUUUCGAACCAGAACUGGCAACAUGAGUGGUUACUUGCCCACAGAAUUCAUCUUCAUGAUACUCUCAAACGCACCGCGACCUCGAGCACUCUUCCAGGCAUUCCAGUUGAGCUCAAUCUUUCGACACCUGUUGUCGAUAUUGACCCAUCAAACGCCUGCAUCACAUUGAAAGAUGGGUCCAUUGUGCGUGGCGAUGUUGUCAUUGGUGCUGAUGGGGUCCAUUCACGGAGCCGAGCUCGUGUGCCAGGCGCUGAGAAUGCCAAAGUGUUUGGCUCUGGAAAGGCGGCAUUCCGGUUCAUGAUCGAACGAUCUGCAGCACUUGAGGACUCGGUUACCAGACCAUUGGCUGAAAAGGACGGCGAAUUGAUCAUCUGGUACGCGAUUGACCGGCGAAUAGUCAUGUAUCCAACAAGCCAUGACACGCUGCUGAACUUUGUAUGCAUUCAUCCCGAAGGCGAAUCCGAGGCCAGCGACGACUGGAACACCCAAGCAACCCAUGACCGCCUGCUCGAAGUAUAUCGGGAUUUCGAUCCGGCUGUCAAAGCGCUCAUUGCCAAAGCCAAUCCGGAAUCUCUCAAGUCAUGGAAGCUUCUCGACAUGCCCGCCCUGCCUACGUGGGUCAACAGCCGACUUGCCUUGAUCGGCGAUGCCGCGCAUCCCUUCCUACCGCAUCAAGGCCAGGGUGCAGGCUGCGCCAUCGAAGACGCUGUUGCGUUGAGUGUGGUCCUUGAGCGCGGUCUGUCACCCGAGGAAGUCCCUGCGCGUCUGAAGCUCUGGGAGUCCAUCCGCUACGACCGUGCCAAUAGGAUCCAAGAGUACUCAAGGCUGGCAGGACGCGACCUAAAGGAGGGGGUCAAAAUGGACAUGACCGAGUACACCAAUUACAACUUCGGCCAUGAUGAAUUUGACAACAGCACUCAAAGGCUGCGGGAGUACAAAUGGGCGCAGGUUCCAAAGGUCUACUGGCGGAUGCCGAUUCAGUUCGGCCCCAUGCCAGGCCCACGGCAGAACCACCAGGGCACGGCGCGCAACGCUCUGAAGUCGACCUUCACCACGGCAUCGAUCAAAUUCAAAACCUCGCGCACCGUCCUCCAAAACCUAUUCCCUCCAGGGGACAAGAAGUACCGUUUCAAGUCGCCUGGGACGAUCGCCUACGCUUCAUUCUCUCAGACGACCCUCAACAAGAUGGAGUGGCUCGGAGGCUCUGGUUAUAGCCACUUGGGCCUGUAUAUCCACGGUGUCGAAUACACCAAAUCCAACGGUGACAUCGUCAGCGGGACGUACAUGCCGAUUCUCUUCGAGUCCUUGACCGACCCUAUCGUUUCCGGUCGCGAAGAACUGGGCAUGCCAAAGCUCUAUUCGGCGAUCGACAUCUAUCGGGGCGCCGAGUCGUACCGAGUCAACACCAGUUGGCAAGGCUCGCAGUGGGGAAAUUUCCGGCUGGAGGGCCUCAAGCCGGUUACAGACUUGAGCAACGUGACAGGCAAGAUCAGCGGUGAGGAUGACGACGGCAUCUUGGUCUAUCGCUACGUGCCCAAAGUGGGCCGUGAGAACAAAGGUAUCGCCGCAGAUGAACAUGCCGUCUUCGUCCCUUACAAGGAAGACAUGCCGCAACCCGUGACGCAGAGGGUGUGGCAAGCCAACCGGGCAACAUUCAAGAUAGACGCGCUGGACUGGGACUGUCUACCGACUUUGCAUCAUGUCAUUGACAGACUUCAAGAGCUCCCGGUCUACGAGGUUGUGGGUGGGAAGGUCGUCGAGGGCGUCGGUGUGCCUGAUGUCGGUGCCGCGAGGAGAAUUGAGUAG